AUGAGUUGGUGGAGUAGUCUCUGGGCCUCGAGCUCGAGCGCCGACGACCCGCUGCGAAAGCUCGACCCCAAGCUCCGCGAGUUCCUCGAGAAGGAGUCGCCCGUGAAGUACAGCUCCUCGCAACAACCACAACCACCAGCAGCACAAUCCGCACCACCACUCCAGCCGGCCGCGAAGUCGGCAGCAGCAGCAAAGAGCGCAGCAGCAGAAUCUGCGGCGGCAGAAGCAGCAACAGCAGAAGACGACAAGGGACAUCCCGCAGUGCCGAGGGAGAGCCAGUUCCAAGAUGGCCGCUACGCGCACCUGUGGAAGACGUACAAGCCACUCGCCGAGAUCGAGGCCGAGACCAAGAGCGACCACGAGAAGCUGAUGGACGUGUUGGAGGGCUACAAGGACCGUAAGAACCAGAUCGGCAAGGCGGCGCUCGAGAACUGCGCCCUCGAGCAGGUCGACUGGCGCUCGUGCAUGUCGAAUCCCAGCUUCGCGGACCGCAUGACCAUGUGUCGCUCCCAGAUCAAGAAGUUCGAGCGGUGUUAUAUGACGCAGACUAGACUACUAAAAGCCCUAGGCUACCUCUCAACCGUCGAUCGCUCGCCCGAAGUCGAAGAAGACAUCCAGAUGCACGCCGACGCGCUAUACCAGCGGAUGAUGGCGCAAGACGCCGAGAUCGAGGCCGCGAAGAAGGAAGGGCGCCCGAUACCCAAGUUCUCGCCCGUCAUGCCGAAGGCGCCCGCCAGCGCCGCCGUAGCUACACCAGAUCCACCACUAGAAUUGACGCCGGAGCAGCAGGAGACGCUCAAGUUCAGGCUGGAGAAGGUCUCGGAGGAAGACCGGGCGGCCGAGGAGGAGGCCGUCAGGGCCGAGAUGCGUGCGAAGGCCGAGGUCGCGUCGAGGGUAAAGGGUUUAUGGAAACAGCAGGAGCUGGAGCGAAAGGAGAGGAAGGAGAGGGGCGAGGCGACUAUGUGGGAUAAGGUUGCUGGAGCCUUUGGCACUGGUGACUCUAAGAAGUAA